UCCGUCGUCACACAACGGCUGACAUUAGCAUAGGUACACAACUGUGUCUGCUCGCACCGUCAGGCUCCGCCAGCUCUAUCCACAUACAGAGUGGGGUCAGGGAGACGGAAAUCCUACAGCGCAGUGCCCUGCGGUGGCUGCGGCGGUGACGGAGGUGACGGAGGAGACCUCAGUGAGGGUGAGACCGUCAGAGAGGACGGCAGGCUGCAGAGUCGUCGUCUGCCAAGCAGAGUCGUCCGCGACAGGCGCUCGUGGCUGACAGUCCAGAACAUCAGUGUCACAGAGAAGUGUCUCCAGUUGAAGCUUAGCACAUACGAGUAGAUGUCUGUGUCAGCAGUGCCCAGAUUGUGAGAAGAUAAGGCCGAGAACAGUCAACGGGGUGCUUUCACUUCUUAGUCAUGGAGAAAACGGCAUCACGAAACUCGGAGUGGAUUCACCCGCGACCCGGUCGGAGCCUGUGGCGGUGGACGGGGCUGUGGACCGUCCUGUGGACGCUGCUGUACUGUGGAGAGGUCACAGCCGUGGUGGACGGAUGUCCGUCGGUCAGCGGAGGUCGGGUGGUUUGUCUGCAGUCGCAGCUGUGUGCUCCCGGUCGUCCGCUACCCGGUCCCGGCUGUGGGCCUCGGUUCAGUCACGUCUGCUGUCUGAAGGGCAGAGCGGCGGCCGGGACACCAUCAGUCCCUGCACCGGCACCUCCGAGCCCGUGGAAACCAGCCCAGCACCAGCCCUGGAGUCCGGGCCAGCUAAAGCCGUGGAAGCCGCCUUCGAAUUCACCAGGACAGUGGCCGUCUAACCAGCCCAACGCAGUGAUUCCUGACCCUCCGUCCAGCUGGCAGUGGGACCAGCCGUCGCACGUCUUCCCUAAACCACCCCCACUGCCGACCCCGCCGCCGCUGCCGUCGCCCGUGCCGCCCUCUGUGGUACCCGCUCGGCCCUCUGUUGGACCGACGAUAGAGCCCCUGCUGCAGUGUGGCCGCGAACAGCCGAGUGUCGGCCGGCGGAGGAGGGCCCCCAGCGGUCUGCUCGGUGUCACCGGAGGUCAGGACGCGGUACGUCAGCGCUGGCCGUGGGCCGCGCUGCUUGGCGAGCGCGGCACCAGCGGCGACCAGCGCUGGUUCUGCGGCGCCGUGCUGGUCGGCCGCCGCGCGCUGGUGACGGCGGCGCACUGCGUCGUCGGCCGGCAGCCGGCGCAGCUGCUGGUUCGGCUCGGCGAGUACGACCUCAGCACGACCGCCGACGGACGCACGCAGGACCUGGCCGCCUCCGAGCUACUCGUGCACCCGGGGUACGCGGCGCGGCCGGGGCAGCCGCACAGUCCGCUGCACGACCUCGCCAUCAUACGGCUGCGGCGACCGGCGCUGCUGGGGCCGCACGUGCAGCCGGUCUGUCUGCCAGCGGCGGGCCAGCCGGCCGGCGCGCUGACCGGUCAGCCGGUGUCGCUGGCCGGCUGGGGGCUGACCGAGUUCGCCGGCAGCCGCUCGGACGUUCUCCAGGAGGCGGAGCUGCGCGUGGUGGCGCCGGAGAGCUGCGAGGCCGCCUACCGUCAGCUGCCGACGUUCGGGACCGAGUUCCCCGCCGGGCUCACCGACAGCGUGUUGUGCGCCACGGGCGGCGGCGGUGGCGGUGGCGAGCUGGCGCGGGACGCGUGCCGCGGCGACUCGGGCGGGCCGCUGGUACGCCGGCUCGCUGACGGCAGCUACCAGCUGGUGGGGAUCGUGUCGGCUGGCGUCGGCUGCGGCAACCCCGAGUUCCCCGGCCUCUACACUCGCAUCAGCGCACAUAUCGACUGGAUCCUGCAAAACAUCUGACUCAUGCUUCGUUAGUGGGACAGCCAGCAGCGAUCGUGCGCACAACUUAGAUUUCUUCUAAAAUAAUCGCCAACUUAUGUACUAAUCAAUCGGUGAAUGCUCACUGGCGGAUCCAAGUAAGGGAGAAGGGAUAGGUCUGGGGCAGGUGGCUUCCUCGCAGCUCCGGAAUCGAUGAAAAUUUGUCAUUUUUCUAGGACAAGAAGAAAACUUAAACGGCUUAUAUCAGCACAGUUUUCCUUAAACCAUCGGUAGGUACCUACCUACGGCUACAGCAAUGCGUAAGGAAUCGAAAUCCAAGAAGCCUUGGAGUUUCGAGAAGCGUUUUUAGGGGUAGGCCUAUUUCCCCGCAUGGCAUGGCCACAGCGUCCAAAACCGCCUUGGAUCCGCCUAUAGGACACAAAAAUGCCGUUUCGGCCUUUAUUUUUGUGUGUGAUACGACGAGCUUUACUUGCGUUUUGAAAGGUAAAUUCUGAAAUCGAUGUUGAAUUCGAAAUCGUAUACGAAGCUUAUUUCACGGACAUAACGCCCCCUAAAAUGUAUUGUCUCAGCUGCGCAGUAAUGACAUGCAAUGAGAAGCUGUGUUCUGCUUUUGUAUUCUACAAGUUUAUCAUCGUC